AUGCCGGAGGUGCCAGCUGCCAACGCUGACACUCUCAGCCCCUUCCACUGUGGGGAGCAGCACGUGCAGCGCAGGGCCGGCGUGCGCGACAGGACCGAGGAUGUCGGUCGCCGCUUCAUCCGUCCGUUCAUGCCAGACCAGCACCGCGAGUUUUACGCAGAGCUGAUGUUAUUCUUUGUGGGCAGCGUGGACGCGGAGGGGCGCCCCUGGGCCUCAGCGCUUUUUGGCCGCCCGGGAUUUGUCUCUUCGCCAGACCCCCACCACCUUGUCAUUGCGCCUGGCAGCCGCAACGCCGCAGACCCAGUCAACCUGGCCGUGGGGUCCAAGGUGGGCGCACUGGGCCUGCAGCUCCACACCCGCCGCCGCAACCGCGUCAACGGCACAGUGGUGGCCGCCACCCCUGAGGGCGGGCUGCUGCUGCAGGCCGACCAGUCGUUUGGCAACUGCCCAAAGUACAUCCAGACGCGUGACAUCACUCUGGACGAGGACCGCCUGGCAGCCCACCACGCUGCCUCCGCCGGCGCGCAGCUGACGGCCACGGCCAGCCCCUCGCAGCAGCAGCAGCAGCAGCAGCAGCAGCGUGGCGCCGGCGCCCUGGGCCGGCGGCAGCGGGCGCUCAUAGCGGGCGCCGACACCUUCCUGCUGGCAACGUGCCUGCCGCCAGGGCGCGAGGAGGCCUGCUCCUCGCUGACGUGGCCUGACUACGUUGGCAACAACUUCUUCAACAGUCUGGGCAACAUCACCGCCAACCCGGCAAGCGGUCUGCUUUUCAUCGACUGGCUGACGGGUGACACCCUGCAGGUCGCGGGGGAGGCGGUUGUUGACUACGACGACACGUCACUGCCGGGGGCGCAGCGCACCCUGAACUUUCAGGUGCGCGAGUGGCUUCACACGCCUGCUGCGCUGCCGAUCCGGCCGGCGCCCGUUAUCGAGCCCAGCCCCUACAACCCGCGCCUGCUGGCCGGCGCCGGGCCCGCGCCCAAGCCUGUGCGGCUGGUGCGUGUGGCCCUGGAGGCGGAGGGCAUCAAGACGUACGAGUUUGAGGCCCCCCCGUCCAUGCGGUACAGCCCCGGCCAGUUUGCAUCGUUUGACUUCACGGUUGACCAGGGAGGGGGGACGCGGUCCGUCAUCAACCGCAUCUGGACCAUCAGCAGCCACCCGGAGGAGACGGCGGCAAGCGGGCGCUUCUCCAUCACCGUUAAGCGCGCCGGCCUCGUGUCAAGCCUGCUGUUUGAUUCCGCGACUCCCGGUGACGCGGUGGCGUUCCGAGGGGUGGGCGGCAGCUUCACGACCGUGACCAACAGCACCCGGCCUGCCCUGCUCGUGGCAGGUGGCAUCGGCAUCACCCCCCUGCGCGUCAUGUUCAAGCAGCUGCUGUCCGAGGGCCGCGCCGCCACGCUGCUCUACUCCGUGCGCAGCCCCCACGAGGCCGCCUUCCUGCAGGAGCUCACCAAGCUGGCCCAGGCGCAGGCCGGCGCUGCCGACGCCGGCGCCGACGCUGGGGGCGGUGCCAAGGAGCCGCCCCGCGCCGCCGUCGUGGCCACGGUCACUGGCAGCGCAAACAGGGCCUGGCGCGGGCGGCGCGGGAGGAUUGAUGAGGCAUUGGUGCGGGAGGUGGCAGGCGGCGGCGGCCUGGCGGGUUGGGAGGUGUACAUGUGCGGGCCGGAGGCGUUCAUGGCGGCGAUGGAGGGGGUCCUGGCAGCCCCUUCAGCGGUACACGACCAUGCAAUGACAGCUGCGCGCAAACGCCCGCGGCUGGCGGUGCUGCUGCUGUCGGCGGUGCUAGCCGCCUUGCUGCCCCGCUUGACUGAGGCCGGCCUGGACAUGCGGCUUCGUUUGGGCGUGCCGUUUGCGUUCAACCCAUCGGUCAUAGCACUCCCUGAGGGCGGCUACCUGACAACUGCGCGCACCGCCUACAUGAAAGGCGUUGCGGGCCGCUGGUGGUGGAUCAACAGCGCCUACAUCUGCCGCGACACCGACAUCAACUUCCCCCAGCCCGCCUGCCGCCGCUACGACCCCUUCGGCGGCCGCUUCCAGGAGUGCAUGUGGCGGGGCCUCGUGGACACGCGCGGGAUAGAGGACCCGAAGCUCUUUGUGUGGCCGGGGCGCGGCGUGUACGCGGUCUUCAACCGAAAGCCCCGCGCCAUCGCCCGCCCCGACGCCGUGCUCGCCUACGGCACCCCGCCCGCCCCCGAGGCCUGCCCGGACGACGAGCCCUGGCUGCAGCAGUUCAUCGCCGCGGUGCGGCCCAGCGCCGGCGCCGGCGAGUGGGCGCUGCGGGAGCCGGUGGCGCUGCGGGUGACGGUGCCCGGCUUUUACGACGAGCAGCGGGCGAAGCGGCAGAUUAUAAAGGAGAAGAACUGGAUGCCGCUCGUCGCGGACGACCGGCUCUACAUGGUCCACUCCAUCCACCCGCAGCACCUGGUGUUCCAGAUCGCUCGCGACGGCUCGACGCCGCGGCAGCUGGCGAGCAGCUGGCCGCCGCGGCUGGGGGCGCUGCUGGAGGGGCGCGACGUGCACGGGGGGCCGCCGGCGGUGCACGUCACGGGGGCCAUGCUGGAGGGCGCGGGCCUCGGUGGGGGUAGCAGCGGCAGUGGCGAUGGCGUUGACAGCGGCGCAGGAGGCGGGCGGCGUCGCGGCUACCACCUUGGUGUGCUGCACUACUUCACAAAGAACGCCACCUGGAGCAAGACGCGCGGCAAAGACACAAAGUACUAUUUCCACUACUUCUACAAGAUGAGGGACGAGCCGCCCUUCGCGCCCUGCGCCCUGUCUGCCGAGAUACCGCUCGUCUUCCGCAGGGCGCGCCCCGCGGCCAAUGGCGAGGCGCUGCGGCGGCAGCGCAUCUGGAAGGACACGAGCCACACCGCCUUCGUGUCUGGCCUGCACCUGCAGGGGACGCAGCAGCAGAACCAGCGCGCCAACUCCUCGGCGUCGGCGGGGCGAGGCGGCGGUCACGGCGGAGGCAGGGGAGGGACCGGGGCGGGCGCGGCGGCGGGGUCUGAGCCGCGGCUUCUGGUGAGCUACGGAUCCAGCGACAUCGACGCGCGGCUGCAGAUCCUGACGCUGCGGCAGCUGGAGGCCCUGUUCGCAGGCCUGCCAGACACGUGCUGA